GUCCAGCUCAGCAACUUGGUCACGAUCACGUGCAACAGUUAUAAACAGUUAGUAAACCAUCGUUUAGGAAUACGGGAUGAUCCGACGCAACUUUACGGCAUUGCCGACCAGGUUUCACUACUUUGUGCAAUUUGGGGCUUUUUUUAUCUGUGUUGGAUUCGUAAACCUGGGCUAAACUGCUUGUAUCAGGAGGCCUACAAUUUCUCACCCGUACUUCCCAAACUGUCCAAAUUGCAUAUCUUCAAAAUCCUAUCCUUAUGUGGGAUGACCACGUUAUUCCCAUUUUACACCUGGAUUUCACAAAUUAUAACCAUUACCCAGACGCACGGCUUUAGCAAAGUUUACCUCGGACAUUACCUUCUCGGUUUGGAUAAUGCAAUUCAACUAUCUGACCAUAUUUGGGCAGAGUACACAAUUUCAGGUUUUGUGGCCAUGUGCCCUUGGUUUCAUUUAAGGUAUCAGGACAUAGUCAUCUCUUCUGUUAGCAGCUUCACUUGCGCCAUUGUCCAUGUUUUGGGACAUGAAACCUCACAAUUUCUACAAAGUCAUAAACAUCUCAGUGUGAUGGAGCUUACAAAUUACUACUCCCGACUCCGUUCCAUACUAAAAACAAUCAACAAAGUGCUGGGAGUGCAAAUCUUCACGUUCGUCGUUUGCGUUUUGGUCUACUUUUCUAAAUCCUUUACAGAUCUUUUAGAAAACGAGGUCGUGGUUGAGCGAGUCUCGAUUGCAUUUUACAUGGGGGCAAGCGUCGCCGUACUUUCUUUCGCGGCGGAAGGAGUCGUCCAGUUCCAAAAGCUGGGUGACUACAUCUUUGAGCAUCGCCAACACCCGGGGUACAAAGGUAACUUGGAUCUGGUCAGUGUAACUACAGAAAUGCGUAUGAAUCCUCUGGGACUUCGAGCCCACAAAUUCCUCAUCAGUUACGGCUUUAUUGUUACGGUUUUAAGUACCUGUUUAACGUACAUCGUCGUUCUGUUGCAAUUUUCAUCCUCAUCGUCAAAGGAUUUGACCUCAUUGUCUCCCUAAACCAUUUAUGUAUGUAUUAUUUAGUCAUCAAUAUAUUUUAGCAUAAUGGGAAUAAUAUGAAAUAUUGCACGAUAAUAAUUAAUUCCAAACGCCGUGAAU